AUUAUAAAUAGUUUGAUGAAUCCUAACAUCUCAUAAUAUACGACAAACAUUUGCCUGGCAAGGAUCCUGAUUACGAGGCCCAUGAUGUCAUCGGCUGCUACAAAAGCUUCCCCUCUUCACCUUCACUUCCUCUUCACUUCUUUCUUUCAUCCAUUGUACAUUCAUCAACUACAUUCAUCAGUUACAGAGUUAUCCGUUGUUCGAAUUUGUCAUAUAUUAUCAAAAUGGCUCUUGCAAAGCAUAUCGACGCCGACGAGCUUGUCGCCAAAUUGCACGACGCCCCUCACACCCAGCGCGGCAAGCAUGUCCACGCUGCUAGAGCUGCAAGAGUAGCAGCAGCAGGAAGCGGAGGCGGAGGAAGCCAAGGCGACAACGAUAUCCAUCCGUACGCGAGCCGGUACGCGUCGCAGCAGGCGUUGACGAAGCACCGGAUCCCGAAGGACGGCGCCCCCGCAGACGCGGUACACCAGAUGCUCAAGGAUGAGCUAGACCUCGAUGGCCGGCCAAACCUGAACCUGGCGAGCUUUGUGGGGACGUACAUGGAGCGCGAGGCGGAGCAGCUAAUCAUCGAGAACCUGAGCAAGAACAUGUCCGACUGCGACGAGUACCCGGCCAUGAUGGACAUGCAUGCGCGGUGCGUGAGCAUCAUCGCGCACCUGUGGGGGGCGCAGAAGGGGGAGACGCCGAUCGGGACGGCGACCACGGGCUCCUCCGAGGCGAUCCAUCUCGGCGGGCUGGCGAUGAAACGCAGAUGGCAGGAGAAGCGGAUGGCGGAGGGUAAAGACACCACCAAGCCGAACAUUCUGAUGGGCGCCAACGCGCAGGUCGCGCUCGAGAAAUUCGCCCGAUACUUUGAGGUCGAGGCCCGCAUUCUGCCUGUCAGCGAGGGCAGUCGGUACCGACUUGAUCCGGCGCUGGUGCGCGAGCAGCUGGACGAGAACACCAUCGGCGUGUUUGUCAUCCUCGGCAGCACGUACACGGGCCACUACGAGCCCGUCGAGGAGAUCUCACGCAUCCUGGACGACUUCGAGGCCGAGACGGGCGUCGACGUGCCCAUCCACGUCGACGGAGCCAGCGGCGGCUUCAUCGCCCCCUUCACUUACGCGGGUGCCGGCUUCAAGUGGAACUUUGAGUUGCCGCGGGUCAAAUCGAUCAAUGUCUCCGGUCACAAGUUUGGCCUCGUCUACGCAGGUGUGGGUUGGAUCAUCUGGCGUGACGAGAGCCAGCUGCCCAAGCAUCUCGUCUUCGAACUGCACUACCUGGGUGGCACGGAGGAGUCGUACACGCUGAAUUUCUCCCGCCCGGGCGCUCAGGUGAUCGGACAGUACUUUAUGCUCGAGCAUCUGGGGUUCAACGGGUACCGAGCCGUGAUGGAGAACGCACUCGCCAACGCGCGACUGCUGUCUCGCGCGCUGGAAGCCACGGGCUGGUACCGCUGUGUGAGCGACAUCCACCGGAAGAAGGGCGACUUUGCAUACGACGCCACGAAGGUGGACACGCCUUUCCUUGCCAGCGAACGCUCCGAUGCGUAUAACGCCGGGUUACCCGUCGUGGCAUUCACGCUGACGGACGACUUCCACGCCAAACACCCGAAUAUCAAACAGGCGGCCAUCUCCAACCUCCUCCGCGCAAAGCAGUACAUCAUCCCGAAUUACCCGCUGCCGCCGAACGAGGAGAAGACGGAGAUCUUGCGCGUGGUGGUCCGCGAGUCGCACAACCUCGACCUGAUCGACCGUCUCAUCGCGGAUAUCUGCAGCGUCACGCAGGCGCUGAUUGAUAACGAGGUCCCGGAUCUCAGCGCGUGGCAGCCGUUCAGCCAUAGCGUGGAGAAGGAGCAUCAGAGUCUGGGGCAGAAGGAUCCUAGGAAGGCUAAACGGCCGAUGAGUGAGGGGAUUCAUCGUGGUGUUUGCUAGACACUAUACCUGGCGGUAGAAUAACAUAGCUAUAAAUAUACAGCUAUUCAGCUAGCAGUCUACAUACACUGAUCACUGAGUAGAUCGUUUUAUA